AUGCGGGAAAUUACUCUCAGUGUGCCAGAGGUCUUCACAGUGCUGGCUAGUUUGGACCCUUAUAAAUCAGCCGGUCCUGAUAGCGUACAUCCCGCCAUACUUAAGCCGCUGGCUGAUGUCCUUCAGUAUCCCGUAGCGGAGUUAUUCAACCAGUCUCUUCAAGAAGGCAAGCUGCCACGUGAUUGGAAGGAGGCGACUAUUGUUGCCAUCCACAAAGGGGUUCUAAGUCGGUGCCUCUUAACUAUAGACCUGUUA